AUGUCGGACAUGAAAGAGCGCAUUCGUUUGCGGCGCGAGCGCGCGGCGGCGCGCGCGGCGGCGAGCGCGAGCCCGGCGGCCGCGGCGCCGACGCCGCCGCCGGCCGCUCCGGCGCCGACGCCGCCGCCGGCCGCGCGCGCGCCCCGGCGCGCGGCGGCGCCCGUCGAGGCGCCGCCGCCGGCCGCGCCGCUCGCGGCGCCGCGGCGCAAGAGCAGCCGGUCGCCGCCGCCGGCGACCGCGGCGCCGCCGGCCGCGGCCGCGGCGCCGCUCGCGGCGCCGCGGCGCCGCGGCAGCAAGUCGCCGCCGCCGAAGCCGCCGACGGCGCCGCCGCCCGCGCCGCCGCCCGCAGCGGCGCCGCCGCGCGCGCGCCGGCUCAGCGAGGAGAUCCCGCGGACGACGCGCGACCGCGUGCGGGGCCUCGAGGGCCGCGCGAAGGAACGCGCGCGCGCGGCGAUCCUCGGCGAGGUCAAGGACGGCGCCCUGAGCCUCGCGGCCAUCGACGCGCUCGCGCGCCGCUACGAGCAACAGCGGCGCGACGCCGAGGGCCGCUGCCGCGUCGCGCUCGAGACGAAGCGCCAGUCCGCGUUCCUGGGCGUGCGAGCGCUCGAGGACACGGCGCGCGUGUCCAAGGACAUGGACGCCAAGUUCGAGGCCGUGCGGUCCGGCUCGUCGCGCGCGCGCGCGGCGCUCGAGGCGUUCCCGCGGAGCGAGCUCGAGGACGCGCGCGUCGCCAUGGGCAACUUGGAGAGUCUGCUGGCGCAGAUGGACUUUUACGCGGCGAUCCCGUCCCGCUGCGCGGCGCUGCGGGCCCAGCUCGAGGAGCGGCCCCGCGACGUCGUCGUCGUCUACAAGCGGACCAUGGAGCUGGAACUGUGGCGGUCGUCGCUCCAGCGCCACGUGCGCCAGGCGACGGAUCGCGCGCGCGCGGCCGACGGGCUGAAGCGGUCGACGAGCGACUACGGCCUCGAGGAGCUCGGCCGCCUCGCCGCGGCGCUGGCGCACCGCUUCGCCGCCGUCGCCGGCCUCGUCCACGACGUCUUCGAGUUCGCGCUGGCGCCCCUGGGGGACGACGUGCUCGCGUCGGCCGCGGACGACCCGGCGCGCGUCGUCGCGGCCGCGCGCGUCGUCGAGUUGCACGAGACGCUGCAGCGCCAGCGGCUGCGGCGCGACGCGCUCGCGGACGCCGAGGCGCGGGGCGAGGACGCCGCCGACGCCCUCGACCGGCUCCGCCACUCGCCGACGGGCGCGCCGGCGCGCGCCGGAGCGGUCGCGCGACUCUACGACGGUUUCCGGAAGCGCGCGGCGACGGCCUUCGCGGAGGCGCAGAUGUCGCUGGCGGACCGGGGCCACGGCGCGACGGCGGCCCUGCUGGGGGCGGGCACCCGUUUAAUCCUCGACACGCAGGCCUGCGUCGACCACCUCGCGCCGCUGCUGCCGCCGAGCUGGCGCUGCGCGCGCGUCUGCCGGUCCGCGCUCGAGGCGCACGUCGAGCGCCAGCUGGGCCAGCUCUGGUCGCCGGCGCGCGCGCGGGACCUCGAGGUCGAGGAGCUCUUCCAGGUGUCCGAGUGGCUCGAGACCUACAACGCGAUCCUCUCGGAGAUCGACCCGGUCGCGGACGACGACGACGGCGACGGCGGCGACGACGACGCGCGCGCCGCGGCGCCCCUGCGGCCCCGGGGGCCCGCCAAGGCCUUCGCCACGGCCGGCGCCUUCCUCAUGGGCGAGUACCUCGACCGCAUCGCGAAGCAGGUCGAGUCGUGGUUCGUGGCGAUCCGCGCGCGGAAGGCGGAGCCGCGCGCGGACCCGGCGGGCCGCCUCGUGACGACGCGGCCCGAGGACAUGUUCCAGGUCAUCACCAUGCAGGUCGGCGUCGCGCUGGACCACGCCGCGCGCGACGCGCCGGACCCGGCCGACGAGCCCGCGUCUCCGGGCCGGCCGAAGGGCCAGCACGUCGCGACGGUCGUGCUCCGCUGCCUCGAGGAGCUGCGCCACGACGCCGCGCGGUCCUCGGAGCGCUGCCGCGAGUGCGUCGCCGCCGUCGAGCGCUACGUGCGGUCCGCGUCGCGCGGGCGAAGGGAGGACGACGACGACGGCGGCUCGUCCGGCUCCGACGGCGAGGCCAAGGCCGAGACGCGGCGGUCGGCCUACUCGCGCAAGGGCCGGAAGAACUCGCUGGGCGUCCCCGACGACGACGCCGCGCCGCCGAGCCUGGAGGUGGAGCGGCUCUGCGCGCUCGCGAACGACGCCUUGCGCGUCCAGGAGCGGUGCGAGGAACUCGUGGAAUCGCUAGAAUCGAAGGACGCGGUCACGGGCGCGCCCCUGCUGUCCGUGCGCGCGGUGACGGACCAGGUCGUCGCGGACUACGCGGAGCUGGCGCUCGACGCGUGCGCGGCGGCGGCCGCGGCGCCCUUCGUGGACCUACGCGACGCGAUCUUCGCCCCCGACGCGGACCGCGCGCUGUUCGGGCCCCGCUGGGAGAGCGACCGGACCAAGGCCGACGCCGUGGACGUGGCGCUGACGACCCUCGACGACUAUCUGAGGGACUACCGGGCCUGGCUCCCGGCGUACCUCUACGCGAAGCUCGCGCGGCGCGCGUUCGACCUCUUCGUCGAGGCCUACGUCUACGCGCUCCUGGACGCGAAGCCGAAGCCCUUCGCGGACGGCGACGGCGCGGCCAUGUUAUUACUGCGGGACCAGAACCACGUGCUGGCCUACUUCCUCCCGAAAUUCACGGAGGACCCGGAUUUGGCGUCCGCGGGGCUCCGCGAACCCGGGAGGGUCGUUGCGGAGACCGCGGCGCUCCGCCACCUCGCGGACGUGCUCUCGGCCUGCGCGCCGGCCGUCGACGACUACGUCGUCGAGGAGCUCUUCGCCGACUUUGGCGACGCCGCGCCGGACGUGCUCGUCGCGCUGCUCGCGCGCCUGCCCGCCUUCUCCAAGAAGGCGGUCCGCGAGGACUGCCGGCGCGCGGCGGCGGCCGCGAUCAACCGGCUGCCGCCGGAGAAGCAGCCGGCCGACGGCGGGCGCUUCGCCGUGCCGCCGCGCAUCGUAAAGCGGUAG